AGCAGCUCCAUCACCCAGUUCCUCCUCCUGGCAUUCACAGACACGCGGGAGCUGCAGCUCUUGCACUUCUGCCUCUUCCUGGGCAUCUACCUGGCUGCCCUCCUGGGCAAUGGCCUCAUCAUCACCGCCAUAGCCUGCGACCACCACCUCCACAGCCCCAUGUACUUCUUCCUCCUCAACCUCUCCCUCCUCGACCUCGGCUCCAUCUCCACCACUCUCCCCAAAUCCAUGGCCAAUUCCCUCUGGGACACCAGGGCCAUCUCCUACUCAGGAUGUGCUGCCCAGGUAUUUUUCAUUACAUUUUUGAUGUCAGCAGAAUUUUUUCUGCUCACUGUCAUGUCCUACGACCGCUACAUUGCCAUCUGCAAACCCCUGCACUAUGGGACCCUCCUGGGCAGCACAGCUUGUGCCAAAAUAGCAACAGCUGCCUGGGGCAGUGGGUUUCUCAAUUCUCUCCUUCACACAGCCAAUACAUUUUCACUUCCACUCUGCCAAGGCAAUACUGUGGACCAGUUCUUCUGUGAAAUUCCACAGAUCCUCAAGCUCUCCUGCUCAGACUCCUACCUCCGGGUAGCUGGGCCUUUCAGUUUUAGUGCUUUUCUAUUCUGGGGGUGUUUUGUUUUCAUCUUGCUGUCCUAUGUGCAGAUCUUGAGGGCCGUGUUGAGGAUUCCCUCUGAGCAGGGACGGCACAAAGCCUUUUCCACGUGCCUCCCUCACCUGGCUGUGGUCUCCCUGUUUAUCAGCACUGGCACGUUUGCCUACCUCAAGCCCCCCUCCAUCUCCUCUGCAGCUCUGGAUUCAGUGAUGGCAAUGCUGUACUCAGUGGUGACUCCAGCCUUGAACCCCCUCAUCUACAGCAUGAGGAACCGGGAGCUCAAGGAUGCCAUGAAGAAAGUGAUUUUAGGGAUGUUUCCCAUAUGUCUGCUGGGCACUGUCUGCGGGGCAAUGAGCUGA